CUUUUUUCCUACUUAUUCGUGAAGGCAACAGGUUGGAAGCGACAAGUCAGAAGCAACUAAAAUAAAUAUUUAGCCAAGAAGUGUUUGAAGUGGUAUUCAUUUCAUGUAUUUCUUUGAAUAGAAUUUUUUCUUGUAAAGACAUUUGCUUCGCUCAACUUAUUUUGUAAAAAAAGUACUGAAACAGACUCAAAUGAAUCUCUGUCGAUUUUAUUAAUCAUGAUGACGCCUAAAUUGUCAGUGGAUAACGGUCAUCUUCAAGACAUGACUAUGCAGUAUAUGGAAGCGAUUAUGCGUCUGAAUAAGAACAACAAUAGUAACGUUGACAUAAGCAAUAAUUAUCAUAAUAAUAUGAUUGCUACUCACAAUAACACAUUUCAUUCUAACAUGCAUGCAGUAGUAACUGAACAUCAGCACACAGAUAAACAUCAUAAUAGCCUCGGUGAUCUGAAUCACCAUGGCUGUUGUAAUCCCUGGAGGAAUUCAUUAAAUAAUUAUAAUAAUAUUCAUAAUAGUGAUAGAAGUAAUGAACACUAUCAAGAAAAUUUUCAGAAUGGAGUCUCUUACGCUUACCGUAUCCCGUACAACCAAUUAAGUCAAAAUGUUAAUAAACAAUUAGAUGUGCCUACAAAAUCAACGGAUGCAUUGAAUCAACAUUGUAAAGCAAAUUGUUUAAAUCAAAUGUUAACGGAUCAAUUGAAAUGCGAAAAUUUCUAUUCACAAAUGCAACAGUAUUUGAUGCUGUUAUGUGAAUGGUUUAAAAAUAAUUCUAAUAAUAUGACAACAAUGAAUACUACACCAACUAGCAAUGAUAUUACUAAUAUAACAAAUAAUUCUAGUAGUAUCACACAUAACUGGAUGAAUUCAGCAACCCUGUCAUCUCCGUGUUCCUCAUCUUCAACAUUGUCACCUGCAAGUAUAACACAAUUAUCAGAUAAUAAAAAUAACAGUCCGUUGAAUAACCUACCUCAUGUCUUCAACUAUUCUGCAUCAGUCACAUCUACAGGUUUCUGUGCUCCUCUACCUUCCUGUUCUGCAUCAUCCUCAUUCUCGUCAUCGUCUGUCUCCUCAUAUUCAGUACCACUAUCCAUUUCUACAACACCUUCCAGUUCAUAUAAUUGUACAGAUAUGUCAUUAGAUAAUAAUAAUAAUAAUCAAAGCAAUAUACCAAAUUCUAUUAGAAAUAUUCUAAGUAAUAAUAAUAGCAAUAAUAGAAAUGAAGAUAAUUUUCAAUAUUUAACAAAACGCAUUGAACACAUUGAACCGACAUUGAUCAAAACAACAGAAAACGCGUACACUGAUAAUAGUGAAACUCAAUGUAAUCAUCAAGUACAAAGCAAGAAAGCAAAAAAUGAAGGAGAAGAAAAAAUUAAUUCAUUUAAAGUUAACCAGAACAAUACUAGUAUAAAUAGUUUAAAUAUGAUGAAUACUCAUUCUCAGAAUGCCAAUAAUCACGCAUACGACAGUGUAUAUAGCAACUAUAUCCAAGGGAUGAUGUUUAAUGAGUGUAUAAAUGCGAAAUCUUGUAUAAACUCACCUUCAACAACAAGAACACUACCAUCCCAAGUACCAGUAGACAUUAAUAAGUUACCAAUUUGUAAUACAAGUAAUAAUGAGUAUGAAUUAGUUAACAAUAGUUUCAGUCAAUUAAUCAAUACUUAUGAUUAUCAUAUGCAAAAGAUUGUUCAAAUGAAACAAGAAGGAUUGCAUAAAGGAGGAGUCAGUGAAGGAGAGGCUGGUGAAGUAGUGGGGGAAGAGCAAAGAGGAAAAAGAAGAGUUAAACAAACAACGAAGUGUAAUAAUCAAUGUUCAAUGAAUUCAAAGAAUCACAAGACUGUAUAUCAUAAAAACUUGAACAAUACUAAACGUUGGUUUAAAACUUUUCAUGAAAAUUCAAAAGUACGAAAAGUAGAAACACACUUUGAUUUUAAACAUUUAGCACAAUCGUGUAUUGAUGCUGAAGUGAAUAGCAUUCGAAAUGUGCCCAGUUCAUCAUCAUUUAAUCUGCAAUCAAUGCAAUUUCAUCAUGAAAAUCAGUAUUAUCCCAAUCAACAGUUGAUCAGUAGAAGUAUUGAAACUACAAAUAAUUCCAGUGUUUACAACAUUGAAUCAUCAUUGAUGAAUUCAUCAUCAGGGGUACUGUCACCUCUGUCAUCCUCCAUAUCGUCGUCAAUACUAGCAGCAGCUUCAACGACGACGACGACAACAACAACAACCAUUUCAGCCAUAGCAAUGGAGAGGCGGAUUGUAAAUUUUAAAGAAAACAGAAGUAAUCGCUUAACUGGAAUUCAUCUGAAGGCUACAGAUUCAAGAUUACGUGUAAAUUGUGGUCGAUUGAUUCCUCCAAAAGAAGACAAAGUAAAUCAUAAUGGAUCACGCAGAAGAAUUCGUAAACAGUAUAUAUGUCGAUUUUGUUUACGUCAAUUUACAAAAUCCUACAAUCUUUUAAUUCAUGAACGUACACAUACAAAUGAAAGACCAUUUCCUUGUGAUGUCUGUGGUAAGGCAUUUCGACGACAGGAUCAUUUAAGAGAUCAUAGAUUUACGCAUAGCUCAAAGAAACCAUUCCUAUGUGAAAUUUGUGGUAAAGGAUUUUGUCAAUCACGUACUCUGGCAUUACAUCGUACUACGCAUCAAGUGAAUCAGCCGGAAAAUAAUUCACCUGUUAUUCAAUCCAAUGAGUUUAAUACUACUACUACUACUAAUAAUAAAACAAGCGGUAUGAGUGAUAAAAAUUCUAAAAUGGCUUUUAGCAAUUCCUCCUGUCUUCCUUUAUUACAACAUCCUUCUAUUCCUAUGCAUCAUCGUCAAGAUCAAAAGCAACAGUGUUAUCCCCAUGAACAGGAACAAGAUGAACAAAAUCGUACUACAAAUGAUCAGCAUAUGACUGAACCAGUAUUAUGGAGUUAAGAUUUUUAUGUAGAAAAGAUUGAAAAAUGCCUUUUUCAUAUAUAUUUGUUUACUUAUCCUAUCCUGCCUCCCCUCUCUUGACAAAAACAAAUCAGAAGAACAACACACCAGGAUAGUAUCAAGUGGUUAUACGGAACAUUUACUUUUGUACACAACUACUUCCGUUAUCCGUAUAUAUAUACACACACACACAUAUUCAAGAAAUAUGAAGUAUAGACAAAAGAUGAUUGUUUAACUCUUCUGUAAACUGACUGCUAUACAUUUCAAAUCAACACAAUUCACGAAGAAUAUUGUUGGGUAAUUUUCAUUUGCCUCCUUCUUCUUCUUCUUCCUCCUCUCCUCACCUCUAUAUUCAUCGACAGUCACCUAUUUCACCUAUAACAGCGCAUGUAUGUUUCAAUAUUGAUGUUAAUCUGAAGUGACCAGUCUAGCUGGCAACAGGUGUUUGUUCUUUACUUUACCUCUUUCUUGUUUAGUUUAUUUUCUUCAGUUUGAAGAUUAUUUGAAGAAAAAAAUCGAGUGCAUAUCAAAUUUUACUUAAUAUACAUAUAAUUAUUACAUUUA